UGCUUGAUGUAUUUAUUUGUACAAAUAUGAUAAAAAAUGUAUUAUUUACUAUUAUGUGUUCUAUAGCUAGACUUGAAUUUUAUGGUAUAGCAUUAACAUUCAUGUUGCGGUGAUUUCAUCACUGUUUUGAUGGUUGUCCGUGCUUACAAACAUUUGUCAGAUAAGAUAUUCCUUGCGGCGAAGUGUUGACGCAAAUAAUUUUACUAUUAAAUUAGUUAUUCUCCGUUACAUUAGAAACAAUAUGGGUGAAAGGAUAUCAGAACUUUUCAAUUCGUUUCAGGACUAUGUAAAUAAUGAAGAAAAAUUACGUGAGGAAAUCCGUAUCAUAGUGAGAGAUCUUGAAAAGUCUUCCAGAGACAUUCUGAUGUUAUUACAGAACAUCCAUAAUGAAAAUAACUUGGAAGAGAAUAUAAUUGUAUCUCAAUAUUGCUCAGGAGCCAGAAAAUUAUUCGAAGAUGUGCGUAAACAUUAUGCAAAACUUGCAGAAGUUGUACCGAAAGAUGAAUAUUAUAGAUUUCAUGAUCAGUGGCGUUUUGUGACACAAAGAUUAUGUUUCUUAGCUUCAUUAGUAAUUUAUUUAGAGAUUAAGGUUUUAGUUACAAAAGAAGUUGUUGCAGAGAUGUUGGGAGUUAAAAACAACAAAGAAGAUGGUUUCCACUUAGAUCUGGAAAACUACUUAAUGGGUUUAUUACACUUGGCUGAAGAAUUGAGUCGAUUUGCAGUAAAUAGUGUUACAAAUGGGGAUUAUAAUAGACCUAUAGAAAUUGCACGAUUCAUGAAUGAAUUAAAUGCUGGCUUCAGACUUCUAAAUUUAAAAAAUGAUGCUCUAAGAAAACGUUUUGAUGGCCUAAAGUAUUCUCUUAAAAAAGUGGAGGAAAUAGUUUAUGAUCUCAGUAUUCGUGGUUUAAAGUCCUGUUCAAACCCAGUUAGCCAAGAAACAGAGUAACUAUUUUAUAAGGAUAGUUUAUAACAUUAUUACUACUACUAAUAAUAUAUAUAUACAUAUAGAAAUGUAUAUAAUAAACAACUAAAACAGCCAUUUUUACAUUAAUACUUACGAAGCUUUAUGGAUUGUGAAAAUUAUUUAUUUUAAUAUAAUUAAUAACCUUCA